UAUGUUUGUCAUAGGCUGCACAGCAAAAAUACAAGAGGUAUCUGGCAUAAUUUAGCUCUAGUAAUUAUGCUAACAUAACGACUAUCAUUUUCAAUACAUUUGGUCAAUAGAUUUACUUGAUGAUAUAUACGCCUAUAAUCAAUAAAUAAUUUCCAAUAAUUAUGUUUAAUCUCACAACUCAAAUGAAGACCGGAGGUAAACAAGGCUUCAGCUCACUAACCACCUUCAUCUUUUCGUAGUGUGCUGGCUCAGUCCUAACGUAAUAGCCCGGUGACAACGAGGUUACCGCAUGCCUUUAUUUUAUUAAAUGGGAGGAAACGGAGAAGGAACGGGGAAAUAAUGGACCAGUAACUCCAUCUGUGUUUCGGGCUGGAGAACAGUAGCAAGCAGCAGCAACAGCCCUGUACGAGGUCUCUACCCGGUGUCUGUCAUUACAAGCUGUGAGUAGCUAAUACAAGCUGCGCGCGCUCGGCAUCUGCACUCUAUCCGGCUCUUUUCACUCAAGGCAUUCUCUGUGCGCACCUUACCAUGUAGCCAGACGCACAGAGUCGUGCCACAUACAUUUAUUACUUUUCUUGCGUAGACAUAUUUUCAAUGAUCUCGAUCUUUUUUCUAACUUAUUUCAGCAUGAUGGCAAAUGAUCAAAGGUUGUUUAUUUUGAAAGGUGAAUUCAAAUGGCAGAGCUGUCAAACCUCGUUUCGGCUGAACGUAUUGGAGAGGUGUUUGAGAAUGUUUCAUGGUGGGAAAUGAAGACCCAUUGAACUCAGAUAAACGGAAUAAAGUUUUACAUUGGAUUAUAUUUAAUCGAUUUUAAAGGUGGGAUGUCAUAGUCCGAGUUGCUUGGAUAUCUGAGAGACAUUGAGGAACCAGUGCCACCAUGGACUCCUGGGUGUUCCCCUCCUCGCUCCCCAACCUAACCGAAGAACCCCUGAUGUACGACAGCUUUAUUCUGGGCAACGAGUCAACGGAACCCAAUGGUACCUAUACGGGCGACAACACGUUCAACCAGACCAGCACCAUGGUCAUCACCUUCCUCUACUUCCUGGUGUGUGGUAUCGGUCUCUGUGGCAACGCCCUUGUGAUCUACGUCAUCCUGCGCUACGCCAAGAUGAAGACGGUCACGAAUAUUUACAUCAUGAAUUUGGCAGUCGCAGAUGUUCUGUUCAUGUUGGGGUUACCGUUCAUCGCCAUUCAGCUGGCGCUGGUCCACUGGCCGUUCGGUGCGGUGCUGUGCCGCGUGGUCAUGACCGUGGACUCACUCAACCAGUUCACCUCCAUCUUCUGCCUUAUGGUCAUGAGCAUCGACCGCUACCUGGCCGUUGUGCACCCCAUCCGGUCCACCAAGUGGCGCAAGCCACGUAUGGCCAAGACCAUCAACCUGGCGGUGUGGGGGGUGUCACUCCUGGUCAACCUGCCGAUCAUAAUCUACAGCGGUUUAAUCACCAAGCACAACAGUUGCUUCUGUACCAUCGUGUGGCCGGAGCCUGAGGAGGCCUACUACACCGCCUUCAUGUUCUACACCUUCGUUCUGGGUUUCUUCCUCCCGCUCAUGGUCAUCUGCCUGUGUUACCUUCUCAUCAUCAUCAAGGUGAAGUCGUCAGGGAUCCGUGUCGGGUCCACUAAGAGGAAGCGCUCGGAGAGGAAGGUAACCCGCAUGGUGUCCAUCGUGGUUGCCGUGUUCGUCUUCUGCUGGCUGCCCUUCUAUGUCUUCAAUGUGACGUCGGUGACAGGAACCAUCUCCACCACGCCCUUCCUGAGAAGCACCUUUGCCUUCGUGGUGGUCCUGGGUUACGCUAACUCGUGUGCGAACCCUAUCCUUUACGCGUUCCUGUCGGAGAACUUCAAGAAGAGCUUCCAGAACGUUCUGUGUCGGAAGAAGGUGGGCGGGCUGGAUGUGAUUGAGCGCAGCGACAGCAAGCAGGACAAGUCGCGCAUGAUGAAUGACCCCACGGAGACUCAAAGCACGCUGCUCAAUGGAGACCUGCAGACCAGCAUUUGAAGCUUGUUAAUUCUAAUGCAUCCCUUAUGUGUGAUCUAUACAGACAUCUUUGAUUUCACAUCAACUCUCCCUCAACCUCACAAGCUCAUCACACACAAACAAAUAAACUAACAAAACGCACACACACACACACACACACACACACACACAGAGAAACAAACACACACGUGUUUCUGCAGGUGGAAUCGGUCAUCCUGACCUGUUAUCAUACCCUAUGAACAGCUCACAUAGGGAGAGUGAUUGUAGUUGAUCUCAUGGUGUGAUAUUUUGUAAGCAUUUUCUUCUCCCAGUGGACGAGAUGAAAAAAAUGCCAAAGGAACUAAGCCCUCAUGGUGUCUGCUCUUCAACGGCUGUUAUCAUGUUCUUUAUGUCUCAUAUCUCUGUUUACCAACUCUCCCUUUACGUUCUCAAAAGACAUACAAUGACAUGACAUUGGGUUUUCCUGGUCGUAAAACCCAUACAUUGUGAUAUCUUCAUAAAGGAGAGAACAUAAACUGUAGUUGUGACGGCUCUCUGGUGUUUGGGUGGAAAGCUGAAGAUGUGUACUGAGUGUAUUGACACUGGUGGACAGUGACAGGAUCAUGUGAGGAGCAGAACAGGGUUGUGUUCAUUAGGCCCCAAACGGAAGAAAAGGGACUGAAACCGGGAAGUGCAACCUGAAAUUGUCUAAUAAGAAACAUGCGUUUUCCGCUGCAGAGCAUUUUGACAUGUCCCAGACUGUUACCUACGGUUACUGAUUGACAGCAGACAAGACUUAACCAUGGAGAACAAGGAUUCCCUGCACAUAUGUUUACACAAGCAGGGUGAACCACCACCUCAAUCAGUCUUUGUCACAUUGUCCUGUAGCCAAGAUAAAUAGCAGACUAGGACGUAGGAAGUAUGCCAAAGUGAGACUAGGACUAUAGCAGACUCACUGUGUGCAUAUUGUCUGUUUACAAAGAUUGUGUCCAAAAUGGUGGGCAGAAUGUGGAAUUAGUAACAUGCCUCUAUUCUUAGAUACUGUAUUACUUAACACAACAGUGAGCAGCAGGCCACAUCACCUCUGGAUCACUACACCAAGGUGUAGUUUGGUUAUCUAAUGACUUACUACAGAGAGAGGAGGAACAGUAGAGAUACUGGGACUACUCUGAAAUGACAUAAAAACACAUGAUAUCCCACAUGGUUAAUUUGCUGGCACAAGUCCUGCUGAGACUUAUACUGUCCAAAUAUGGACUCCGUAAAGUCGGUUUAACAUUAUGGUUGACCUUAGUCGUUUUUUUUAACCUCAGAAAGACACAUAUUUGCUGUGGACAAAUAUUCAUCAGUGAGUCAUGGACCUACAGGGCACAGCUGAACAGAGUUACAGAGUUGGAAUCACAUGACCUAAUGAUGACUGUAUGAAGUCCCCCGAUAACUAUGAAUGCACCCUUACUAUGUAAUUGAACAGUUUCUCUCUCUCUGUGUGUGUGUGUGUGUGUGAGAGUAAAUGUACACGUGUGUGUGUGUGUACUGUACACAGUGUUUUAUUUGUCCAAGGCCAUGAUUAGUAGAAGUGUAGAAUGAGUAGAUAUUGUACCCAAUAUGGGUACCAGGUGACCUCACCAGAAAAACUCAGGGCCCAAAUUAUAAUUCUAGCCCAGAGUGUUUCUUGGUCGGGUCACAUGACCAGUAAGGGUGCAGAGUCCUACUACAGAGAUGAAUGCUGACAUUUUGUUAUAUUGAUGCUAUUAGCACGGCAUCGACCAAGGCUAAUCACUAACCAAACUGCUGCUAGACUGUAUAGACUCCAAUGUGUGCUGUAAUUGUCAAGUCAACAUUGUCAUGUCGUGGUUGAGAAUAAUUUAAUUAAUUUUUCCUCCAAGCUGAAUAGAACUGUUUGAUAGUUUAGAUAGCAAAGACAAUGCAUUUUUCAAUCCUAUUGUCCAGUCCUAUUUGAAACCAUCCCUUGUCACGUUUCACCUCAUUCAUAAAUUGUUGCUAUUGCUGUUAUGUUGCAGUUACAGAAUGAUGUCCAAGAACCGUCUUUGCUUCAGCAGGUAUUGAAUACUGUAGUGGUCUUCUUUGCUGUUAAUUAAGAAAGACCAGUCUUUGCUUCAGCAGGUAUUGAAUACUGUAGUGGUCUUCUUUGCUGUAAAUUAAGAAAGACCAGUCUUUGCUUCAGCAGGUAUUGAAUACUGUAGUGGUCUUCUUUGCUGUAAAUUAAGAAAGACCAGUCUUUGCUUCAGCAGGUAUUGAAUACUGUAGUGGUCUUCUUUGCUGUUAAUUAAGAAAGACCAGUCUUUGCUUCAGCAGGUAUUGAAUACUGUAGUGGUCUUCUUUGCUGUAAAUUAAGAAAGACCAGUCUUUGCUUCAGCAGGUAUUGAAUACUGUAGUGGUCUUCUUUGCUGUAAAUUAAGAAAGACCAGUCUUUGCUUCAGCAGGUAUUGAAUACUGUAGUGGUCUUCUUUGCUGUAAAUUAAGCAGCGCUAAUCUGUUUCUCCAUCAAGCAUCAUUUCUUCAAAGCCCAAAGAACAAAUCCACAGUCUGAUCAGUUACAAUUCAAAAUGGCAGUCGUCAGAAACACUACAGGUCAUGCUACAAACACCGAUAAAUCUCUACCGCAUCGUGGAUUCAUUAUUUGAAAUAGUUACCCUUAGUUUGGCAGCUGUUUGACCUGCAUCUGACCCACAUUUUAUAGCUGGUCUUCAGGCUUGCCGAGUCAUGUUGUGUUUGAGAUGCUGAGCUCAUCACAGGCUACCCAGGCCUAGGGCGGGACAAUCACCCACAUACCCCUACUAUUUCUGAGAGGUCAAGUCUACUCAUCCCAGGCCACCCAUGCAGGCCCAGGGCAGGACAAUCACCAACCUAUCCCACACUGGCACAUGGAGCCACUGGGCACACACUAGUUCAAUCAACAUUGUUUCCACGUCAUUUCAACGUGGAAUAGACGUUGAAUUGUUCUCCGUUCCCAGUGUGCCCUCGCCUUGGGAGGUCAGAGGUCACGCUGAGGCCUCCAGUCUGAGCAAUGUGAAUUUAAGAAGGGCUAGAAAACAUUGUACCCCUACAGGGGUGCAGCAGUGUUCAUUCUACUCCCCAUCAUCAUCACUCCCUAAAUCUCACAGGUACAGUGCCUUGCGAAAGUAUUCGGCCCCCUUGAACUUUGCGACCUUUUGCCACAUUUCAGGCUUCAAACAUAAAGAUAUAAAACUGUAUUUUUUUGUGAAGAAUCAACAACAAGUGGGACACAAUCAUGAAGUGGAACAACAUUUAUUGGAUAUUUCAAACUUUUUUAACAAAUCAAAAACUGAAAAAUUGGGCGUGCAAAAUUAUUCAGCCCCUUUACUUUCAGUGCAGCAAACUCUCUAGAAGUUCAGUGAGGAUCUCUGAAUGAUCCAAUGUUGACCUAAAUGACUAAUGAUGAUAAAUAGAAUCCACCGGUGUGUAAUCAAGUCUCCGUAUAAAUGCACCUGCACUGUGAUAGUCUCAGAGGUCCGUUAAAAGCGCAGAGAGCAUCGUGACGAACAAGGAACACACCAGGCAGGUCCGAGAUACUGUUGUGAAGACGUUUAAAGCCGGAUUUGGAUACAAAAAUAUUUCCCAAGCUUUAAACAUCCCAAGGAGCACUGUGCAAGCGAUAAUAUUGAAAUGGAAGGAGUAUCAGACCACUGCAAAUCUACCAAGACCUGGCCGUCCCUCUAAACUGUCAGCUCAUACAAGGAGAAGACUGAUCAGAGAUGCAGCCAAGAGGCCCAUGAUCACUCUGGAUGAACUGCAGAGAUCUACAGCUGAGGUGGGAGACUCUGUCCAUAGGACAACAAUCAGUCGUAUAUUGCACAAAUCUGGCCUUUAUGGAAGAGUGGCAAGAAGAAAGUCAUUUCUUAAAGAUAUCCAUAAAAAGUGUUGUUUAAAGUUUGCCCCAAGCCACCUGGGAGACACACCAAACAUGUGGAAGAAGGUGCUCUGGUCAGAUGAAACCAAAAUUUAACUUUUUGGCAACAAUGCAAAACGUUAUGUUUGGCGUAAAAGCAACACAGCUCAUCACCCUGAACACAACAUCCCCACUGCCAAACAUGGUGGUGGCAGCAUCAUGGUUUGGGCCUGCUUUUAUUCAGCAGGGACAGGGAAGAUGGUUAAAAUUGAUGGGAAGAUGGAUGGAGCCAAAUACAGGACCAUUCUGGAAGAAAAGUCUGCAAAAGACCUGAGACUGGGACGGAGAUUUGUCUUCCAACAAGACAAUGAUCCAAAACAUAAAGCAAAAUCUACAAUGGAAUGGUUCAAAAAUAAACAUAUCCAGGUGUUAGAAUGGCCAAGUCAAAGUCCAGACCUGAAUCCAAUCGAGAAUCUGUGGAAAGAACUGAAAACUGCUGUUCACAAAUGCUCUCCAUCCAACCUCACUGAGCUCGAGCUGUUUUGCAAGGAGGAAUGGGAAAAAAUGUCACUCUCGAUGUGCAAAACUGAUAGAGACAUACCCCAAGCGACUUACAGCUGUAAUCGCAGCAAAAGGUGGCGCUACAAAGUAUUAACUUAAGGGGGCUGAAUAAUUUUGCACACCCAAUUUUUGCAGUUUUUGAUUUGUUAAAAAAGUUUGAAAUAUCCAAUAAAUGUCGUUCCACUUCAUGAUUGUGUCCCACUUGUUGUUGAUUCUUCACAAAAAAAUACAGUUUUAUAUCUUUAUGUUUGAAGCCUGAAAUGUGGCAAAAGGUCGCAAAGUUCAAGGGGGCCGAAUACUUUCGCAAGGCACUGUAUAACCUGUGGAUGGAUCUAUGCCUAUAUGGUAGUGUGUACUAUACUGCAGAUCAGGCUAGAACAGUCAGUACAAUGCCUUCUCCUCUUACAUAAAGGUUCACCUGACCCAAAGUGCCAUUGUCUCCAGGUGCCAUUGACACCAUUCCAUUUGUCCCGUUCCAACCAAGAUUAUGAGCCGUUCUCCCCUCAGCAGCCUCCUAUGAUAUAAACUAUUGUAUUGGAUUGUCUUUACAUUUUGAAUACCAUCACAUUUGAUUUGCAAUUGACAGAGCAGUGGUUCCCAAUACUGUUACUUGUGAAGGAGAGCUCAGGCUCCAUAAUCUGGCUUCAACCAUUAUGAGUGGCCGCUGUAUCUUUGCUUCGUGAAAAACCUUUUCAGAGCUUUUUUGACUAAUAAAAAAUCUGACCAUGGGCUUUUUUUUCUUUUACAUUUCUCAUGCUUAUUAGACUUCAUCUGAGAUGACAAUAUUACAUGCUGUUGUUCGUUUACAGCCUGCAGUGGGUAAUAUGUUAGGAUAGCAGCACAUUUUCAUCCAACCAUGGCACCCUGGCUUGGCUACAUUGUCUGUAGACCUUACAGAAUGGGGACCAUGACUACACAUCCUACAAGUGCUGACGUUAAUUGAUAUGUUAUUAGCUAUACAAAGUUUCAGGCUGUUGUAGAACCGUUGCAAAUAGCUAGCCAACAUGGUUAUUGUGAUAUAAAGGGCAACUCUAUAGCCUCCAUUCACCAUGUGUCCAUUACUACUAUUAUUCUCAGUAGACAUGCUCCUGUCCACACUAGGACAUGCUCCUGUCCAUACUAGGACAUGCUCCUGUCCACACUAGGACAGCUUCCUAAUAGGACAAUGUAUCACCUACCCUCAAGCAUUACCACCAAGGGAGACAAGAUCUGACCCUGUAUCAGUGGUUAGGGACAACUUCUACCCUUCUACCCACUCCACUCUUCUCAACUAGAGUCUGUUGCUGAAUGCUUUCAUUUGUUUGCCUCUGUACAAGGAAUUAGUAUUGCUCAGGGGCAUUCUCUCUCUCCGAUUCCAUUCUGCCAUUAUGUCAUGUUUUUGUACAAAAUCUAUAUUUAGCAUUGUUAAUAUUAUUGCUGUUCCUUAGAAAUAUUGUUCCUUUGUUUGCUCAUAAAAAUAUUGCAGUUGCA